GGGAGUUUGUUGUGGAUCUGUGUUGAAAGAGGAACUUUACGUUGUCAGAAUGUUUCGGAAGUAUUUCGGUGUUUACAAAGAUGGAGACUGAUGUUGAUCACUCUGAAGGGUUCAGAUUCCUGCACUUACAUCUGUCAAACAAAAUUUAGCCACUUAUACAAGAUGUUAAGUUUAGAAGAUUACAAUAUAACUGUUUAUCGUACUUAUCUAGAUAUGUUCGUCUAUUGUCCCGUAAGAGAGACAUCUCUUGUUAAAGACUUUUCCAGCCUUUCAAGAAAUGCAGGGAUCACAUUACUAAUUCAGAGGUCGAAUUUAUCAGUAUGAUGUAAUAUACAAAAGUUAAACUAGAAAAAAUAUUAUGUAAGUAAUUAGUGCAAUAUAUAGCAUUCCUACUUUCACAAGUAGAUCACAGGUUUUAUUGGGACAAGGGUCAAUAGUAUUGACCUUUGACCUUGGUCAGGGGCUGUAAUGAUGUCCCAUCUGACAUGUAUCUGCUGUCUACGUCGGAGAAUGCACAAGUCGUACCAACAUGGGUAUGAGGAGGCCAUGCUACCUAUUUCAGGAAAUGAGAUGACAACAGUAUCAGGGCCAAAUGGCCAAACAGACUCCCAGGAUGACAUGCCCAGUGGUGCCAUCAGUACAACUGAUGAGGGCAUCUCCCAGCAACUUGAGCAUGUCACACAGAUGCAUGCAGCGGCUGUCAAUGGCGACAAACCCUUCCUGGCCAGACUCAUUCUCUCCAAUGGAUCAGAUGUGGACACAGGUGACCAGUUCGGCCGAACGCCGCUCAUGUUCUGUAUCCUGGCUGACCGACUGGACUGUGCGGAACUCCUCCUCAAGGCCGGCGCUCAAGUCAACAAAAAGGACAAGGGUGGAAGAGCUGCUCUUCACUGGGCCGCUCACAAGGGAAAUUUCCGGUUGUUGAAAUUGCUGUUGUCCAAAGGUGCAGACUGUCGGGAGAAGGACAGCGAAGGUCAAACAGCACUGCAUCUGUGUACGCGACAUAAGUCGCCAAAAUGUAUGGCACUGUUGCUACGGCAACUGUCGCCAGGGGAACUGGAUAACCAGGAUAAAAGUAAGAGGACAGCACUUCACUGGGCAGCUUCAUAUGGAAACAUGGAACAUGUAAAAAUGCUGAUUAAACAGGAUUCUAACAUUGGUAUUCCUGACAUUGAUGGGAAGACCCCACUUCAUUGGGCGGCCAGUAGUCGGGAUAGAGAUGCUGUUAACUGUGUUAGGAUCAUACUGGAGACGACUCCUAGCGUAAUUAACUGGCAGGAUUAUGAAGGUCGUACUGCCCUUCACCUUGCGGUUGCAGAUGGUAACGAGGCAGUCGUAGUAGCACUGACAUCUGUGGAGAACUGUAAUGUGUCGGCGCUGGAUAACAUGUUUAGGACACCCUUACAUUGGGCGGCUGUGCUAGGUCAUUCAAAGAUUGUCGGUCUCCUACUUGAUAACGGUGCGGACUACGCCAGCUCAGACUCCAACGGUGCUACUCCCUUACACUACGCAGCACAGAACAACUACGAUGAUACUGCCGCUGUGUUUCUUUCGCGUAAAAAUGUAACUGACGAACCUGAUGUGGAUGGCCGCACAGCAUUUAUGUGGGCUGCUGGGAAGGGUGCUGAUGAUGUCAUUCGGAUAUUUCUGAAACACAACGUAGAUAUUCAACAGGUGGAUAACAAUGGUGGCACUGCUCUGCAUGCUGCUUCUCUUUCUGGUCACCCUUCAUCGGUCAAAGAAUUACUUGACCACGGGGCACAACUAGAUGCUACAGAUCUCACAAAACACACGCCUCUGUUCCGAGCCUGUGAGAUGGGUCACACAGAUGUUGUACAAACACUCAUAGACUUCGGAGCACGUGUAGAUGUCUUGGAUCAAGAUGGCCGAUCACCACUGCACUGGGCUGCAUUGGGAGGCCAUGCAUAUAUCUGUCAAACUUUAAUAAAAUAUGGUGUAGAUCCGAACAUAAGGGAUUAUAAUGGUCGAACACCUUUGCAGUGUGCAGCCUAUGGCGGUUUUGUAAAUUGUAUGUCUGUUCUAGUCGAGCACAAGGCCGAUAUAAACGCUCAAGAUUUGGAGGGGAUGACCGCCCUUCACUGGGCUUGCAGCAAAGGUCAUUUAGACUCGGUCAAGCUUAUUAUUGAAUAUAACGCUUUUCCUAACCACAUGGAGUUCACUGAAGAUAGGUAUACACCAUUAGACUAUGCAUUGAUGGGUGAGCACCAUGAUGUGGCCCAGUAUAUGAUUGAGGUGGGAGCUCUGUCCAUCACAGGAAUACAGGAGAUCGCAGCCAUGAAAAUACAGUCAACAUUUCGUGGAUAUCGUAUACGGAAAACUUUUACAGAGAAUAAAAGACUGUUGAUGCUUCACGACCAGCUCAGGAAAGAGGCUGUACGGAAGCGUGCUUUCGAGGAAACAAGAAAACAGGAAGACAUCAAACACAAACAGGAAGUAGAAGAAAGACAGCAGGAAGUAUACCUCAAUCAGCCAUUGGUCAGUAUUCAGCAGGAGAAUGGACCACCAAUACAACCAGUCAUGAAAGUGCCAAAAAACAGUGAAGAAGAUUUAAAUGAUUGCAAUACAGAUGAUCUCAGUUUAUUCUCUGAAUAUAGUGAAGGGAAAAAGGAAAAGGAAUAUACGGAGCUUGCCGAUCUUCUGAAGCAACGACAGAAUCAACAUAAAGUGAUCUCAUCUGAAAAACAAAGACAGAACCAGUUCAAGGAAAAACAAUGGGCAGCCUUAAGAAUCCAGCGAGCCUGGAAAAAUUACAAGAUGCGGCAGGUUGGGAUCAUGAAGGUCGCCAAGCAGUCCAUAAGGACCAUCCGACUUCGUGCGGGCGAAGAUGAAUUCGAGCGACAGAUUGCCGCACUCACCAUCCAGUUGGCAUGGCGUAAAUACUUCAGACGUAAGCUGCUGAAGCAGCUACACCCGAACAAGCGUCAGCUGCGUAUGUGGGAUCCGGAGGUGAUCGCCAUGAAGCAGGAGUCGCUAGUACGACAAGUCUAUGGAGAAAACCUCCCAGCCCCAUUCUGGCACCCCAUCCCCAAACGCCCAGUACGGCCAUACUACACAAGGUGGAUCCCAUCUGCUGCAGCAACGUCCUAUAACUUUGCCGUGGAUAGAUACCAUCCGCUGAUGGCCAAGAAGGGCUACCUCCCGACCCCUUUCCUGGACAUGAUGGGACACCCAAGGGACUUCAACUGGGGUCCACUGGAGGAUGAGGAAUUCAAUGAGAACUUGCGCUAUAUGCGGGUUCCAAGUACAGCUGGAGCGAGGCAGUAUUCCUAUCACAUGAGUCGUACCAACACCACCUCAGGAACUGUUCCAACGCGUAACUCAAACAGGAUGUAACCAGGGAAACAACAAGCUGCUGCUAUGGCAACAAAUAUAGUUUAUCAUGUGACCGUGGCUACAUCAGACAGUCACAACGGAAACAAGUGUAUUAAAAGUUAAUCAGUCUAUCAUCAUGGCAACAACCAGCUGCUGAUAUGGAAACAGUUUUGUUACCAUGGCAACAACCAAAUGCUGCUAAAGAAACAAGUGUAAUUAUAAUCAUAUCGUCUCUGUGGUUACUUUAAAAUGGUUAAUGUGACCAUUAAACAGUUGAAUAGCAAGUGUUACUACAUUAUCAGGCUUGUGGUAAUAAAUUGUUACCAUGACAACCAGGAAACUGUAUACAAUUGUUGCCAUGGUGUUAAUUGAUCAGAACCAAGUAGUCUCCAUAGUGAUGUUAAACUUCAACAUUUACGUCAUGUGAUGCAUUAUGGGAAAUAAUGUCAAUAGAAAAUUAUAUGGUUGGAUUAAGGUAGAGAGUCCCAGCGCUGUGUGUUGUAUAUCUCCAACAAAGAAGAGUUCAAGUUUAUAUCUGACUUGAAGUAAUUUCUAGACUUCUUGAUAAUAAAGCACAGAGCAUUUCCAUUGCGCUAACGGACAAAAUAAUUCUAAAGUGGUACAAUUCCUAACAGCGCUUGUUGAAACAUUGAAAUGCCAUUUAGAGGCCAGCAUUAAGUAGAAAAGUUGUGGGACUCUUUUCCUUAAAUUGUUAUUCUUGGCUGUUUUAAAACAACUUCCAAAUAAUUUUCUGAAAAAUUUUAGGGAAUACUUGGUGAAGUACACUUAUGUAUGUAUUCUUCAGAUAGAAAUGUUUCAUGUUAAGUGCUUGGAUUACAUAUAUAUAUGAGGAGUAGAAAUAGUAUUGUGCCAUGUAUUUGCCAAAUUUAUCUGAAUAGAUUUUUUUUUACGAGAUACUACAUAUACAUGUUAUAAAGGGGAACAAUUCAAAUUAGAAACUACGAAAAAUGGGUGUUGACCUGUACCUUGGCUGUUUUACUGCUAUUGGCCGUGUACGAAUAAAUUAUCUCUCAGCAGAUCAGUUUAAUUCAAUGUCAUGUAUUUUGAUCUAUCUUAAAAGAUAAUAUACUUUCCUAUUUAUGUAUCCUAAGUUAAACCUCAUCUCCUGCCCUUAAAUUCAAAUUUGUAAUUGGUAAUUUCAAUCUGCCAGAGAUUGUCUGGAAUCAGGAUAAAAUUUGAUCCAUGGAAUUUAUAUGAUAUAAAUACAAUCUCAAGUAGCUGUAGGUUUCAAAUUAGCACGGUAGCUGUUGAACCACUAAUCCUAUACAUUGUUAUGUAUUGAUGUAUGCGACUCUACCUGUUCCCAAGAUCUUAUUAGCAGCGUUUUUGUGUGGCAGAAGUAGAUUUAUUUUUACCAAUGUUUUUUUUUUAUCUUUCCAUAUUAAAGGUGCCUUUUAUAAUUGAUUUAGGAUGAUGAUGUCUCUAAAAUGUAGUUCUAAUAAUUUAGACAAAAAUAAGAAGGUUGACUCAUUGUAUUUUUUGUUUGAUAAGUUGAGGCCAUAUAGUUUGUGAUUUACUCAUUUUAAACGUUAUUUGUACAGGUUUAGAAUUUCCUCGUUAACUUACCUGGCCUUACAUGGACAGGUAGGAAAUAUUUGUUGUUUGUACAGGUAGAAUUUUCUCAUUCUUAUCUGUCCUGUGUACAGGUGGGUAUCUUGGUUAACUUAUAUUACCAGAUUGCCUCACUAACUUACCUGUCCUUCGUAUGUAUAAGAUAUCUCGUCAACUUACCUGUCCUUUGUACGUAUAAGAUAUCUCGUUAACUUACCCGUCCUUUGUAUGUAUAAGAUAUCUCUUUAACUUACCUGUCCUUUUUAUGUAUAAGAUAUCUCGUUAACUUACCUGUCCUUUUUAUGUAUAAGAUAUCUCGUUAACGUACCUGUCCUAUUUACAGGUAGGAUUUCUUUGUUAACUUACCCGGCCUUUGUACCUAUUAAGGUAUCUUGUUAACGUACCUGUCUUAUUUACAGGUAGGAUUUCUUUGUUAACUUAUCCAGCCUUUGUACCUAUUAAGAUAUCUCAUUAACGUACCUGUCCUUUGUACGUAUUAAGAUAUCCCGUUAAUGUACCUGUCCUAUUUACAGGUAGGACUUGUUUGUUAACUUACCUGUCAUGUAUACCUGUUUAAGUUGUGUGAACGUCAUCACGCCUUUAGUACAAUUUUUUUUUUACACAAUGUGUCAUGUUAAAUAUUCCCAGUUCAUUUUAAUAUCAUUGUACUUUUUAUCCAACUUUGCCUUUAGACCUGGUCGGUUUGGUUAACUAAUCAAACUGGAAUCUGUGUAGGGAAGCUAUGUGUAUAUUUGGGUUCAGUGGAGAGUUAGGGAUAGCGGUAAUUACAUCCAGCAUCUCUUGCAAUUUAGUAAUGUUCUAAAAUAAAUAGAAGACCUGCAACAUUUCCUAGGGUACUUAUGAGGUAUAACUGAUUUUUAUGAAUUCUCAUAUUUCUAUUAAUUUGGACAAUUUGAAAGGUUAAAAAGAACAGCAAUAUUCCAGUAAAUGUAUAUACAGGAACAAUAAUUUGAAAAUUAUUCAAAUUUAUUCAAAACAUUAAAUUUUUAUGUAGUUUGAAAUUUUAUGUGAAUUUUGUUUUAAUUUAUGAUUUAAGUCUCAUUGAGGAAACGAGUCUGAGUUUGCAGGUAAUUUCAAUAGAAUAUGCAGCUGUCUAUAUUUACAAAUCACAUCUUUGUAGAACCUGCUAAUUUUUAUUAUUAUGCAAAAUAUUUAUUUUCAUAUUAUUUUUGUAUUAUACCAACAGAAAGGGUUGUUUAUCCAUUAAUGUAAACAAUCGGUUUACUUACCAGGUAACUGAGUCACUGGUUCUAUUCUGGAUGUGUAUUUUAUCAGUAAAUUACACAGACACGAAGGAUUGGAGUUGAAAAGAGAAAUUCUGUAAAGUUUCAAUUUCAAAUGAUUUAUAAAAUAUCUUUAAGUAAGAAAACAUUUAUUUCUGUCUGCAGAGCAUAUUGUUGUUUAUUAUAUGAAUCAUUUUCUUUGUUAUUUGCACGAAGUCUGAAUCCGUCCAUUUUGUAAAAUCCAAUCAGCUGACUGUGAUAAAUGUAUUAUGCAGCCCUUGCACCCCUCUUUUACAAUACAUUGGAAUGAUCCUUCAAGGACCGGUCUAGUGUAUAUAAGGGGGGUGAAGGGUUAAAAAUGAAAUGAGUUUCACAUUAUAUGUCUUAUUGCUAGAUUUAUGUUUCAAAUUAUAAAAAAAAUAUUGUCAAUCAAUUUCUGUUGUCUUACAAGAAACGUUAUAAAAUAGAAAUAUUUAUUAAA